AACAUUCCCACUUUCACCAAGCCGUGCAACGAUGGCCGAUAGUGCCGCAGUAGCCACUGGAUCAGAUGGUCCGACAGACGAAACCCCGAACCAGCGGCAGGCACGCCUGCGCCGCGAGAAACGACAGAAAAAGAUGACGGAGCAAGGCGAGGAUAGACUGGCAAAGAUCAAGGCACUGAACGGAGGGAUCGCACCUCCCGAUGAGGUGCUCGGAGGACCCGUUCCUCGAGUCGCAUCCGUGGCAGAUGAUCCCGAUGAGGUGGACAUCAGCUCGCAUUUCUCUACCCCAGCGAGAGGAGCGCAGGGUGCGAAAGACCCGCUCGCGGCAGCCAUGAUGCAGAUGGAACAAGAGCGGAGAGCGCAAGGCGGACCUGGCAACGGCGAAGACGAAGACCCAUUCGCCAAGAUGAUGCAACAAAUGAUGGGUGCGAUGGGAGGCCAGGGCGAUUCCAACAACCCAAACGCAGGACCACAGGACAUGCCCCCAAUGCUACAAUCGCUUAUGGGCGGAGCAAUGGGCGGAGGACAGCAGGGAGCAGCACAACCGGCACCGGCUGGCUCUGUGUACCUCUGGCGAAUAGUGCACGCCAUCUUCGCGUUCAUUCUGGCCUUCUACAUCUGCCUCACCUCGACCUUCAACGGCACACAAACAUCGCGGUACCAGACCCUCAGCACGGAGGGCAAUGGGCUUGGACCACGACUCUUCAUCAUCUUCACAUCGGCUGAGUUGGUGCUACAAAGCACACGGUACUUCAUGGAAAAAGGUCAGCUGCAAGGAGGAGGACCCUUGGCCAUGGUCGCCAACAGUGGAUUUGUCCCCGAGCCGUACGCCAACUACAUCCGCAUUGUGGGCAGGUACAUCGGCAUUGCGAAGACGAUCUUCAGCGAUGUGAUGGUCAUUGUCUUUGUGCUCGGCUGCAUCGCGUGGUGGAACGGAGAUGGGGUAGCGACCGUAGCGUGA